GGCUUCCGCUGCUAUAUUACUGCUGCUAUUUAUUACUUUUUAGAUUGUUUAAACUCACUAGCUGAAUAAUCCAACAAUUUUUAUAUCAUUCAUCUGUCAGACCUCUACGUCCGUUAAUUCAUGCAUUCAAUGUUGAUUGUACAGCUGUCUAUUGUUCACGAACUAUAGCUACUGAAAGUAUACAUUAUAUUCAAUGCUAUCUUAUACAUGGCCGUACCACAUUGGUUAAAAGCAUUAUACAAUAUUGUUCUAUAUAAACGAAACUUGCGUGGAGAGGUUGUGUUCUUUUGUGCUUCCAAAUUCUCUGCAUUAACCAUAAAAUGAAUAAUUUUCCUAAUUUAUUGUAUGAAACGUGUAUUACCUGUACGAUUAUUUCUUUCUUGUUCCUUGGGUUGUGUGUGCCAGGAAAUGCCAAAGAUUUGCCUGAAUUAAGGGAAGCAAACUUCGACAAUGUUGUCAAUGGCAGCAAUUUUGUAUUCGUGAUAUUUUAUGCGCCUUGGAAUGAACGUAGUGUUGAAGCUUUAAAAACAUUGGAAAAGGCUUCGGAAGAACUAAAUAGAAGUGAUAUAAUCCUGGGUAAGGUGAAUGCAUACGAUGAAGUGAAAUUAGCGACCAGGUUCUGGAUCGACCAUUGGCCAAUUUUCAAGUUCUUUCUAAAAGGCAGUGAAACUCCAGAGACGUAUCGAGGUGGAAUGAAGUUGGAUGAUUUUCUUGGCUUUAUCAAGGUCACCUCAGGCGUACAAGCAGAUCCAAGAGUGUUUGACCAAGCUAUUAUUGAAUUGGAUGGAACAAAUUUUGAAAGGAUCAUUCACAACAAAAAGAAAAAUGUUUUCUUGUUGUUUUACGCAAAAUGGUGCAAUUCUUGUAAAGAUUUGAUUAACACAGUUGAAAAGGUUGGAAAAAAUUUCCAAAAUGAAAAAGAUUGUGUUAUUGCCAAAAUCGACGGUGAUGCCAAUUAUGAUGUCACAGUGCAGCAGGAGGUUCCUCAUUACCCAUCAAUACGAGUUUACACAAUUAAAAACAAAGACGGUUAUUUGUACCAUCCUGGCAGGUAUCAGGAAAACUGGAGUGAACAGAAUAUGACAAAAUUUCUUAAUCUCCAAUGCAAGACAAAACGUACAAUAAUGGGUCGUCUUGAUGACACGGCUGGACGGUUGAAAGAUUUUGAAAAACUAGUGAAAGUAUUCAUGCAGAAUUCAUUCAAAAGAAGUGACAUCUUAGACGAAGCACUGUCUCUAAAAGAUGGGCACAAAGAGAGUUCUGCAGCAAUCUACGUGAACAUAAUGCAGCGGGUCUUGAAGGAUGGUACAGAAUAUUUAGCAACUGAGCUGAACAGAAUUGAACGACUCAUGCAAGCUUCAAUGCAUCUUGAUAAGGCAGAUGAAUUUCAAAGACGGAAAAACAUCCUGAACGAAUUCGCUGUCCUGUAUCGCAAAAGAGAGGAACUUUAAUAUUAUGUAUUAUGCGCACCUACAUGCAUUCGGAAAUAAUUACUUUUCUGCAAUACAUUCAUUUUGCGAACACUAGUAUAAAAUUAUUUGUGCUUUUAGUUGUUAGGUAUACUAGGCAGAAUUAAAUAUGAAAUAAAACCACUGAAAAUAAAAUGAGA